AAACAAAUCAAUUCAAAUUUUUAAAAUGUUGGCGCAAAGCAAAUUGUUGCAGCUGCGUUCAUAAAACAAAUGAAAAAUCUCUGCAAGUGAAUGAAAGUAUCGGAAUGGAAAUACACUAACUGUUUAGGGUCAUGUACCAAAAUAAAAGCAACGAACCUGCAUAACUAUGUCCGGAAUAAAAAAGUUAUUUGGUGGUAAAAAGAAGUCAGGAAACGAUAGGGGAGCCAAGGGUAGUAGAGAAUCUUUUCGUUCAUCUACUGGUAGUUUACCUGGACUUUCAAAAUCUUCAAGUAGUUUGAAUCUUGCAGCUUCUGUUGAAAGUCUUAAUGGCUAUAAUUUAAAAGAGAAAGACUUGUCUAAAUAUUUAAAAGCUUCCUGGACAGGUGAUCUAGCAAAACUAAAACAAAUAGCUAGCAAAAAAGUAAAUUGGAAUGAAUGUGAUAAAGAAAAAAGAUCUGCGCUACAUCUAGCUUGUGCUAAGGGCUUUGAAGAAGUUGUUGAUUUUCUUGCUAGCCAUGGUGUAAAUGUGAAUGCCAAAGAUUCUGAAGGAAAAACUCCAUUGUCUAAGGCUUGUGAAAGCAAUUCAACAAAAUGUGUUGAAAUUCUUUUAAGAAAUGGUGCGGAAAGCAAUGUGUUUGACGUGAAUCAUGUAUCACCCAUACAUGUUGCAGCGGCUUUAGGAAAUGUUGAUAUUGGAAUUCAACUUGCUGAUCAUGACGCAAAAUUGGAUACAAAAGAUCAGAAUCAAAUUACUCCACUCCAUUUAUGCUGUGGACUUGGAAAUAAAGAUUUUGUUGAUUUUUUGAUAUCAGAGUAUGUUGGAUUGGAUUGUCUUGAUAGCCAAAAAAGAACACCAUUAAUGAUGGCGUGCAUUGAUGGGCAUAUGGAUAUUGUUGAAGCUUUGCUAGAUGGCAAAGCUGACACAUCUCUACUCGAUAAAAAUGGAAAUACUGCAGAGGAGCUUGCGAGUAUCAACAAUAAUGUUUCAAUCUCUCGGUUCAUUUCUGAAAAGUCAAAACCUAAAAGUGAUCCUUUAUCACCUAUUGGUUCUAUACAUUCACCCAAAUCUCCUGCAGAACUAUUUUCGCCUGUAGCCAAAUCUUUAAAUGACAUGUUUUCACCAUCUGGUUCACAGACUUCACAAAGUAAUGUGUUUGGUGGUCCAGCAAUUGAUAUGGGAGGUCCCACAUUUGACAAGUCUGAAGAAAGCCGAUCAGAGCCACUUGGUGAUAAUUCAUGGGGUGAUUCUGAUUCAGACUCUUUAACUGAAAAGAAACCUAAAGGUCCCAGUUUGUCUGCCUUGAUGAAACAAAAAGAAACAGAAGCUAAAAAAUCUCCAAUAAAAACUGCUGAAAAUGUCAAAGCGAGUAAAUCUAAAGAGCUUGUGGAUCAACCAAAACCGUCGACAGAGAACAAAACACAACAAAAAUCUCCUAAAGUUACACAAAAUUUGAAUUCGCCUACUGGUAGUGAAAAUUCUUCUCCAAUAGCAAACAUGAAAAUACAGCAACAGUCAACGUCGAAGCUACCAUGGCAAGAUAAUGAUUUUUCCGAUGAAAGUGAGAGUGAGUGGGGAGAUGAAGGAUUGGAAAAACAGUUUGCGGCUGGUGUAAUGGGAAAACCUCAACAUGAGCAAUUAUCCAAGACGACUCCAGCCUCGACAGCUAAAAGUAAAGAAAACAUCAAGAAGGACAAAGAAACUCUCCCUCAUGUUGUACCGCCACCGCCUCCCCCUGACAUCGAUUUCUCGCAAGCCUCCUCCGAUUUUGACUCUUCACAGCCGGAAGAAACUUUUAGUGAUCUCCCAUUGAGUGGCGUGAAUGGGGCAAACAAGAUUGAUGAGAAAUUAAAAAAGAAAGCGAAGGAUUUGUUUCUGUCAAAACAACCGAAAGAUGAUGAGAAUGCUCCAGAUGAAGAGGAUACGAAUUGGGACAGUACAGAUGACGAAUUCUCUGAAGGGAAUAAUUCACCAAACGUUGAAAAAAAUCUUAAAAGCACACAGCCCGACACCAAAACAUCUGCUCAGAAAAACCCAGCUUCAGAAGCAAAAAAAUCCCUACCAAAUAAACCAUUAUCAAUGACGCCAGACAACGAUUCGGAUUGGGACAGUGAGUCAGCUUUGCCAUCAGAGGCUAGUGAAGAAGUUAUACCACCGCAAACGCCUGAACCAGAAAGCGAAUUCGAGCCUUCUUCAAGUGAAGAAGCAGAAGAAUCAGAUAUAGAUUUGGAGAAACUGAACAGCAAGAAAGUUGAAAAUGCACCAAGUCCAAUUGGAAGACAAGUAGGGAUCUUUCAAACUGAAGUUUUAACACCAAGAGGUAAUGCAGAGAAUCAGGAUGUUGUUAGUGAUGAUAGUGAAGAUGAAAUCGAAAAACAAAUGAUGGGCUUAGUAUCUUCGCAAAAGAAGAAUGUUGAAAAUGAGCAAAAUGAAAUUGCACCAAGAACUUCAACAAAAAAUGUAAAGGAACAGCUUGGUUUGGAUCUUGGUAGCUCUGUCAGUUCGGUGUCUGAUCCGGAAGGUUUAGAUUCCAAUGCACCCGCUAAACUUGAUGACAUCAACAAUAAUAACUUGGCAACAAAGCAGUUAACAGAAGGUGCUUCAAAGAUCAGUACUGGAAUUAGUGACGACGUGUCUACUGAAACUGAAAGCGAAUGGGAAGUGGAAAAACGAAAGCAAAGAGAAGCCAAUAACGGGAUGUCAGAUCCAUAUGAAGUUAAAAAAGAGAUAACAGACGAGCUGCAAGAUGAAAUGUUGGAAGAUGAUAAACUCGAGAAAGAAAAAGAUCAGCAACGCAUAGAUGAUUAUGAAGCGAAGCGAAAAGCUCAUGAAGACAGACUGGCCGCGGAAAUCGCUGAAGAACUGCGUAAGGAGAUGCUCGACGAAAACGACAAUGUGGACGAUUUAGAAUUCGAUAGUUCGAGCGAUUUCAGUUUUAGUCAAGGUGGUGGAGAACUUAUGGAUUUGCCUGAUAAUCAAAACGAGGCUAGCUUAAGUAACGAUGACGAUGGUGAAGCUGAGUUGUUGAAACAGAUGGAGAGCAAGGAGAAUGAGUACCAUCAAGAGAAAGAAAAAAAAGAAAAUCAAAUGAAACGAAAAGAGAAGGACGAGGGCAUCAAAACAAAAUUACAAGAUAUUUUGGAGAGAGCAAAAUCUCCUCAGUCUCCGAACAAAGUGUCUGAGUUGCUCAACGAAAAGGAGGCUGAUUUAUUUAAGCGCCAUGAAGAUGCGGAUAACCGCGAAAAGGAGGUCGCUAAGAGGGAGGAAGAAAAUGCUGCACGGGUGAGAGAGCUCGAAAAUAAAAAUAAAGAGUUUCAGAGACUUGAGGAAGAGAGAAUGAAACAGAUUCGAGAAGAAGAAGAGCGACUUAACAGGUUAAAACUUGAGCAAGAACUUCUAAAAGAAAAGGAACAACAAUUAAGGGAAGCUGAAAUAAAAAAAGAGCAGCUCGCUAAAGAAACUGAAGAACGUCAACGAGCUCUUCAACUGGAAGAAGAGCAACGUUUGCGAAAAUUGGAAGAAGAAGAGAGGCUGCAUAAAGAAAGGUUGGCGAAGGAGGAAGAAGAAAGGCUGAAGGUUAUUUUGCAAAAAGAAAAACAGGCGCGAGAAGAACACGAACGAAAUGAAAGAUUAAGAAAGGAAGAGCUAGAAAAAAAAGAAGAAGAAAAACGCAUUACAUUCGAAAAAGAAAAAGAAGAAAGGUUACUUGCGCUGGAAAAAGAAGAGGAGGCGAGGAAAACUAAGUUGAGAAAGAUUGAAGAGGAGAAGAAACUUCAGUUGCAGCAGGAAGAAGAAGAUAGACGACUCGCUCUGCAGAAAGAAGAGCAGGAAAAAAUGAGCGCUCUUGAAAAAGAGGAGUUACUCAGGAGAGAAAACCUUUUAAAGGAAGAAGAAGAUAGGAGGAAGGCGUUACAGGAGGAAGAACAUAAACGGCUUCGAGCGCUGUCUAAUGAAGAACGAGAAAGAAGAAAGAAAAUUGAGGACAAAGAAACCGAAUUGAGUCAGGAAUUACUACGAAAGAAAGAAGAACUCAAGAGACUGCAAGAACAAGAAACUAAACGUAUUGAAAUAUUAGCCCAACGUGAAGCAGAGUUAAAGAGUAUCGAACAAGCUACUGAGAAUAAAAGGAAAAUGUUGGAGGAGCAACUUUUAAAAGAUCAGGAAUUAUCCAGACUUAAAUUAGAAAUGGAAGAACAGAAACGCCUUGAGGAGAUCGAGAUUUUGGCUAAGGAAAAAGAACGAGAAGUGGAGGGUAGGUUAAGUAGAAUGGAGCAGGAACGGAAGAAGAAGCUGGAAGAAGAAGAGAGUAGAAUAACUGAACGUUUGCAAGAACAGUCGUCACUUAAUGCUAGUCUGAAUGAUAUAAAAGUAGAGAGAGACCGGUGGUAUGAGGAGUUGCAAGCAGAAAAAUUGAAGAUGAAAAACGAGCUUGAAAACGAGCUGAUGGAAGAAGGACGCAAACGAAAAAGAAAGUUGAGUGACGAGGAAAGAAAGUUUCGCGAAGAGCUUGAAAAAGAACGCCAAGAGAAAUUGAUCGAGUUGUCAAAUAAAAGCGCGGAAGAACAACAAAAUUUGCAGGUUGAGUUCGAGAAAGCACAGAAGGAGAAAGAGGAGAAAUUUGAGAGGGAGUUCAAAGAGAGAGAAAAAGAACUUUUAAAAAAGCUAGAGGAGGACGAAUGCAGCCGUUUGAAACUAUUCGAAGACCAAGUAAGGCUUAAAGAACAUGAGAAUGAAGAAAGAUUGAAGAAAUUCGAGGAAAAUAAAAGAAAGGAGCUGGAGGAACAAAGGCGUGAAUUUUUGAAAAAGAUAGAGGAGGAAACAGCUAAGAAUCAGAAAAAUUAUAAAGAAAUGGAGAAAAAGAAUCGCGAUACAUACCAAAAAAAAUUUCAUGAAUUGGAAAGAGAGUCUCGUCUAAAAGAACAACAACUCGAACUUCAAAUUGCUGAACUUCGCCAGAAACAAAGGGAGCUGUCGACAAAGGAGAAAAACACGAAGAAAAAAGUGUUGACCGCUAUACCAGCUGAAGAGGUAAUCGUGGCGGCUGUACAAGUGGAGAUUGAGCAAGCAACACCUGGUAUGGACAUGUUUGAUGACAGAGAACAGGAGAAUGAAGAAGAUAAUUUAAGAAAUGGAAAUAAUGAAAGCAAAAAUGAUUUGGCAGAAAGAUUGCUUCACUCCCAACAACAACGAGAAAUUGCUAAAAAGAAAAUUGCGAAUAUCGAAGGUCGUAACAAGAAAAGUGUUGACGAUGGCAAUAAUUACGCAAAUACUCCAAUAUCACCAAUCAAACAAAGUCCAUUACGCUAUAUGAAAGGUACCUCGACACCGCUUGGUGGAAGUCAAAUGCUUGAUGGAACAUUCAUUGAUAAUUUGGAAGAGCAGCUUUUUGAUGCUAGACGUCAAAUUGAUAUGUAUCGUCAAAAAACAAUCGUUCAGGAACGCUUGAAGAAAGAAAUGGAAUAUGAUUUAGAAGAAAUGCACAGAACGAUUGAUAUCUUAAACCAAUCUAACAACGAGAAGGAUAGAUCGCAUGUGGAUGUUGAUUUGGAAUUGCGAAGUGUAAAAUACAAACUGGAACAAGAAAGUGAAAGCAAGAACAUGGCGGAAAGGCUGUGUAAACAAUUAAAAGACCAACUGGCAAGAUCAGAGAAGAAGCUGACAAGAGAGACGGAGUCAAGACAAAAUUUUGAACUUUCCAACCGUAAACUUGAAGCUGAGCUAAAAGCACGGGAACAGCACAUACUCAAAUUACAAUCUGAUCUUAAUGAAGUGCAGUUGGUGUUGGAUACAGAGAAGCAAUCACGCUGUUUGCAGCAAAAAUUAUACGAAGAACAACUACACCAACACGAACUAAUUCUCCAAGAAGCUCAGCGCACUUCACACGACCAUGCCAAAGCUGUAUCCAAGCUGGAAGCACUGGAUGAAACUUGUCGUAAUACGCAAACAACAUCAGAUGCAAUGAAAAUAGAACUCGCCAAAGCCAAGGGAGAAUUGUCUCGAGUUUUAUCUCAGUUAUCCGAUCACCGUUCCCAGUCUGAUGAAGAAAUCAAGAAGCUACGAAAUAAAUUGGAAGAAAAGACUGAAGCAUUGACUGCUGCAGAGAAAAAUUUGUUUCAACUUCAACUGCAACUACAAAAUGAGAAAUCACACAAGCAUGCUAACGAAGAAAGAAUGACAUCAACGUUGGAGAGUGAAACGAAUUUGAAGAAACGUUUAGAAGAAGAGAUUGCUUCAUUAAAAUCUCAACUCAGCAAUUCUAAUCGCGAAAUUGACCGAAUCGUCGAGAGUAAAGCAACAACAGACAAAGAUAUGCUGCUACUGAAAGAAAAACACGCAUCUGAGGUGCACCAAUUGCAAAAAGAUUUGAACGACGCGAAAGAACAGUUAAAGACAUCAGAAGAGAAACUGUCGUCCACCGAAGCACAAGUUAGCAUGCUUACUGCACAAUUGCAAAGCACAGGCCUGGCUCUUGCGGAAAGAAAAGGAGAAGUGGUUACAGCGCAAAAUAAUGUUAAAGAAACCAAUAGUUAUGUUCAACAAUUAGAAGAAAACUUUCGAAAUGAAAAACUUUUAUCACAUAAAUUGGAGACAAAAUUGGAAGGUACUAAUGAAAGGGUGACCAUGCUUCAAAGGGAGUUGGAUAAAGUAGAAAAGGAAUUGACGUUUACGAAAGAACAGUUCGCGUUGAAAGAUAAAAGUGCCAGUGAGAAGCAGGAAGCAGUUAAUGCGUACAUACUGAACGUGAAAGAAGAUUUUAACAAGGAAAAGACAGAAUUACUGUUGAAGAACGAACAACAAAACUUACGUCUUGAAAAACUACGGACUGAACUUGUGGCGAGUGAAGACAAGUUAAAGGAGAAAAUUGACGAGUGUAAAAAACUGAACGAGAAUUUGGUGAUUACGAGAGACGAUUUGAAUGAUGCUAAUACUGAAAAAAACGUUUUAACCAAGGAGAGGGAAAAAGUAUUAUCUGAGAACAUGGAUCUAAGAAAAGCAGUUUCUGGAUUACAUAAUGAGGUGAAAAUUCUCGAAGAAAAUAAAUUUGAAAUUGAACAACAUGUACAUGAAAUGAACUCAGAAUUAGAAAAAUCGAGACAUUUAACAGACGAGACUACUAAACGUCUUGUAUACAAAUCUGGCGAAGUGGAAAAUAUGAGAAAAGCAACCUUCGACUUACAAGAUAAUUUAAAAGACCUGAAAAAUCAAAAUAUAACGGCAGAGGCCGAUCUUCGUGAAGAAAAAGCGAAAGCUGAAAUGCUGAUACAAGAACUUCGAUCCGCGAACGAGGCUCGUGAAAAUUUAGAAGCAUUGUUAUCAGACGUGAAGGGAAACAACAUAGCGCUGGAAGAGAAGCUACAUUCAGAAGCGCUGCAUAGAUCACAUCGACAGAGAGAAGCGGAAGAACACAAAGGAUUAUGGGAAUCAGAAGUGAAAUCAAGAUCUAAACUUGGGCUAAAGGUUAUUGAAAUGGAGAAAUUAAUCAACAACUUGAGAAGCGAUAUCGAAGAGGAGAAACGCAAAACAAGAAGAGCUUUGGAUUUAAAGAAGGGAUCAGACAGCAAAAUUGAGUUAUAUGAACAAAGAUCAUUACAACACCACAAAGAAGUUUCUGCAUUGAGAAAUAAGUUAAAGCAGUACCAACGAAAAGUGAAGGGGUAUGAAACUGGAGAAUCUCGUAUUCCUGCCCUUCAUGCCGAAUUUGAUCGAGAACGUGAAGCAAUAAAUUCGAAUGUUACUAAAUUACGACGUCAGUUGGACCAAUUAUCAGAUCGAUUGAGUCAUGAGCAGGAGAUGAGAACGAAUUCUGAAAAGCUAUGUCGGCAACAAAUGAAAGAAUUAACUGACUACAAAACACAAGAUAAGGUUCACGCGUAUGAAGUGGAGAAGUUGGAAAAGAAAUGUCGCGAAUUAGGAAACGAGCUGGAAGAACAAAAGAAAUAUUUUAACAAGAAUUACAUCCCCCAAGAAGAAAUUGAAGAGUUUAAACGCGCUUUGGAAACGAAGGCGCGACUUGAUUUGAAUAAAAAAUUACAGGAAGUGAACAUGCAUCUUGAAGAACAAUCUCUCGCUCGUGAAGCUUUCGAGAAAAUACGAAACGAAAAGGAGUCCAGAGCUCGUAAAUCUUUCGAAGAAACGGUUUCGGAUCUAAAGAAUGAAUUAAGCAUGGUGCGUUCAACUUUGCACGAAGGUUUGGCAAAGCGAGACACAUCUGAGGUUGAGGCAAAAAGAUAUAGAGAGUUAUUUGAACAAGAACGAACUGCAAAAGAUUAUCUCUCGGAAAAACUAAACCUGACAAAUGAUCGUCUAAGUCAUGAACGAAGUCGAACAAAUUACUUAUUUGACGAAACCAUAAACAAAUCAAAAGUUUCCAAAAAGUUAUUCGACGAUGAGUUGGGAGAUGAUAGAAACCGAUCGCUGCUCUCACCUCGAGCCACAAGUUUACUUAGCGAUUUACAUCACCAAAAGUUGUGGAGCACGCCUGCGGCUUUGUCGCCUCACAAAACAGCUGAAAGAGAUUACCUAUCGCUCAAACGACGGAAUGUGCUAAGCUGAAGUCGCCGACGAAAUAACCUAAUUCCAGAUAUUUUCGCACCCCUUUGAAUUCCACGCGCGAUUAAACGUGCCAAAUGAAUAGAGUAAAAAAGGUCGCGAAAAUUUCUGGCAUUAAGAUAUAAACUAUAGUUGACCAUUUAUUGUAUAAAAAACAAAAUUAUUUUUUUUAAUUGUUGAUAGAUUAUAUUUGUUUUUAUACCUGUUUUUAUUUGGUGAUGUAAUUUAUUUAUGGAUUUUUUUAGAUCUUUAAAUAUAGUCUUUUUGAAUUCAA